AGCCAGAGCCACCCAAUCCCCUAGGGACAGGUUUCACAACUUCCUGGCUGGGGCUGUGGUGGGUCACAGUGUGGCCUCCGGCUGGGAGGAUGGGUUGGCUGCCUCUCCUGCUGCUUCUGACCCAGUGCUCAGGGGCCCCUGGGCAGCGCUCGCCCCUGAAUGACUUCCAGGUGCUCCGAGGCACAGAGCUGCAGCCCCUGCUGCACGCGGUAGGGCCUGGGCCAUGGCAAGAAGGCGUGGCAGAUGCUGAGGAGUGUGCGGGGCACUGCAGGCCCCUACUGGACUGCAGGGCCUUCCACUACAACAUGAGCAGCCGAAGUUGCCAGCUGCUGCCAUGGACCCAGCACUCACCCCAUACACAGCUGCAGCGUUCCGGGCGCUGUGAUCUCUUCCAAAAGAAAGACUAUGUGAGGGCCUGCAUUGUGGACAACGGGGUCGGGUACAGGGGCACAGCGGCCAUCACGACAGAUGGCCUACCCUGCCAGCGCUGGAGCCACAAGUUCCCCAAUGACCACAGGUACACCCCCACACUGCAGAACGGCUUGGACCAGAACUUCUGCCGCAACCCCGACCGGGACCCCGGUGGUCCCUGGUGCUACACGACAGAUCCUGCCGUGCGCUUCCAGAGCUGCGGCAUCAAGUCGUGCCGGGAGGCCGCUUGCGUUUGGUGCAAUGGCGAAGAGUACCGCGGCGCAGUGGACCGUACCGAGUCAGGACGCGAGUGCCAGCGCUGGGACCUGCAGCGCCCGCACGCGCACCCCUUUGAGCCGGGCAAAUUCCUUGACAGAAAUCUCGACGACAACUACUGCCGGAAUCCAGACGGCUCAGAGCGGCCCUGGUGCUACACCACCGACCCCCACGUAGAGCGCGAGUUCUGCGAUCUGCCCCGCUGCGGGUCGGAGGCACCGCCGCACCGCGAAGACGCGACGCUCAGCUGCUUCCGCGGGAAGGGCGAGGGCUACCGGGGCACGGCCAACACCACCGCCGCGGGCGUGCCCUGCCAGCGUUGGGAUGCGCAGACCCCGCACCGGCAUCACUUUGCGCCGGAGAAAUACGCGUGCAAGGACCUUCGGGAGAACUUCUGCCGGAACCCCGACGGCUCGGAGGCGCCCUGGUGCUUCACCUCGCGGCCUGGUAUGCGCAUGGCCUUCUGCUACCAGAUCCGGCGCUGCGCGGACGACUUGCGGCCGGAGGACUGCUACCACGGCGCGGGGCAGCGGUACCGCGGCUCGGUCAGCAAGACCCGCAAGGGCGUCCCGUGCCAGCGCUGGGCCGCCAAGGCGCCGCACAAGCCGCAGUUCACUCCCAGCUCUGCUCCCCAUGCGCACCUGGAGGAGAACUUCUGCCGGAACCCCGACGGGGACAGCCACGGGCCCUGGUGCUACACCACCGACCCAGGCACCGCCUUCGACUACUGUGCGCUGCGGCGCUGCGAUGAUGACGGACCAUCGUCCAUCCCAGAGCCCCCAGAGCAGGUGCUGUUUGAGAAGUGUGGCAAGAGAGUGGCCCGCCUGGACCGGGAGCGCUCUUGGCUGCGGGUGGUGGGCGGCCAACCGGGGAAUUCGCCCUGGACGGUCAGCUUGCGCAACCGGCAGGGCCAGCACUUCUGCGGGGGCUCCCUAGUGAAGGAGCAGUGGGUGCUGACUGCUGAGCAGUGCUUCUCCUCCUGCCAUGUGCCUCCCGUGGGCUAUGAGGUGUGGCUGGGCACCCUGUUCCAGGACCCACAGCCUGGGGAGCCAGGCCUGCAGCAGGUCCCAGUGGCCAAGAUGGUGUGCGGGCCCCCAGGCUCCCAGCUUGUUCUGCUCAAGCUGGAGAGACGUGUGACCCUGAACCUGCGUGUGGCCCUCAUCUGCCUGCCCCCUGAGCAGUAUGUGGUGCCUCCAGGCACCAAGUGUGAGAUCGCAGGCUGGGGGGAGACCAGAGGGGACAACCCAGUCCUGAAGGUGGCCUCGCUGAGCGUCAUCUCCAAUCAGGAAUGUAACCUCAAGCACCGGGGACGCGUGCGUGCCAGCGAGAUGUGCACUGCGGGGCUGCUGGCCCCGGUGGGUGCCUGUGAGGGUGACUACGGGGGACCGCUUGCCUGCUUUACCCAUGACUGCUGGGUUCUGGAGGGGAUUAUAAUCCCCAACCGAGUGUGCGCACGGCCCCGCUGGCCAGCUGUCUUCACGCGUGUCUCUGUGUUUACAGACUGGAUUCACAAGGUCGUGCAGCUGGGUUAGGCCCAGCCUCAAUCCCUGUGCCCUGUGGAGGACGAAGCCUCCUGUCAGACAUAAAGCUACCUUUCCUCCUCA